UAGAAGACAUUGAAUUAAUAAAUAUUGUCAAUAAAUUUGAAAACAAAAGUUCAACUGAUUGCUGUAAUUUAGAUAUGAGGUUAGUAAAGGAAAUUAUCAAUCACAUUGUCACACCCCUUACAUAUAUCUGCAAUCUGUCAUUCUGUUCCGGGGUUUUUUCCAAGUAAAAUGAAAACAGCAAAAGUAAUUCCUAUUUAUAAAAAUGGAAGUAAACACUUAUUCAUAAAUUAUAGACCUAUUUCGCUUCUCUCACAAUUUUCUAAAAUUUUAGAAAAAUUGUUUGUCACUAGACUUGAUGAUUUUGUAAAAAAAAAUUCUACUUGUUGAAUGAACAACAGUUUGGUUUCCGAUCAAACAGAUCCACUCUGAUGGCAGUAAUGGCCUUAAUUGUAGAACAACUGCAGUGGAAGAAAAUAAAUAUACCUUGGGUGUCUUCAUUGACCUAAGUAAGGCCUUUGACAUUAUAGAUCAUACACUUCUUCUUCAAAAGCUACAAAGAUAUGGAAUUCGUGGCACAGCUUAUGCUUGGGUGGCAGCUACCUUAGUUAAAGAGACCAGUAUGUGCAUAACAAUAAUGUUGAUUCAAGAAAGGAGUUCAUUUCUCAUGGAGUCCCACAAGGGUCUAUUUUGGGACCAAAAUUAUUCAUAAUGUAUAUAAUGAUGUGUGUACGUUUCUAGAUAAAGUAAAUUGUUUGUUGUAUGCAGAUGACACCAGCCUUUAUUGUUCUGGGGACGACCUAAACAAACUUGUUGAUUUAGUUGAAAAAGAACUGGCAGUGUUAAAAGGAUGGUUUGACAGGAAUAAACUUUCUAUGAAUGUGACCAAAACAAAGUACAUUAUAUUUGGAAACAGGAAAAUUAAUAAUGCAAUUAUUAUAAAAAUAAAUGGUAUUGCAAUUGAACGAGUACACACAUAUACAUUUUUAGGAAUUACUAUAGAUGGAAAACUGAGUUGGAAGCCUCAUAUAGAUGAUAUAAAGAUAAAAAUUUUAAAAAAUAUAGGACUUAUGAGUAGAAUGAGAUUUGUUUUAGAUAUUAAAUCCCUUCAGAUACUCUAUAUCUCAUUUAUUUUACCAUAUCUGAGCUAUGGUGUUGAAAUAUGGGGAAAUAAUUACAGAGCAAAUAUUUAUCUUAUAUAUUUACUUCAAAAACGUAGUUUGAAUAAUUUCCCAUGCUAACUAUUAUGCACCGACAAACACUAUCUUUAUCCAUUUAAAAAUUCUAAAAUUUUACGAUAUUAUUGACCUGCAUACACUGGCUGUAGUACAUCAGGCAUAUCAGGCUCAUCUUCCACCCUAUCUCCAAUGGAUGUUUGAACAAAAGGAAGAUGGAAAAAUAAAUACAAAUACAAUACAAUACAUGUGCCCGCACCCACCUACGCAUGCACAAAACUAAAAACUCAUAGAAGAAGAAAGGUUAGCAAAGAGUUCAGUAGAUUCUCUGAAUCAGGUUGAGGAAUUUUUGAGUUUGAACUGAAGUAUUUUCUUGUGAGUCUUGUCUUUUCUGUAAAAAUAAUCUUAACUGUAUCUAUUUUUUUAUUUAAAAUCAUAUAAUACAUUUAGUGUUUUCUUUCAUUCGAAUCACUCGGACUUUAAAUAAGUUAUAAAGGAAAGACUUGUAGAACCUUUGAGAACUCAUAACUUUGCUAUUUAAAAUAUAAUGAGGAACUUUCUAAUCAUCAGCAAUAGAAGAAUAAGCUUUUUGUUGGAAUUGACAGUGUCAUCAUUUUUAGAGAUGUAGCAGCCUCAAUUGAAUUGUAAAGAUAAUGAAUAUUAGUAGUUUUUUGCUUCCUUUCUGUAGGUCCGAAUAUUCCCUUACCUGAUUGGUCGGGAGUCAGCCUUUGCAGAAAAUCUCAAAUGGAUGGCGUGUGCUAACAAAGGGUACUUUACUCAAAUUUCAACGUUGGCGGAUGUUCAAGAGAAUGUAAUGGAAUACCUUCAUGUGCUGAGUCGUCCCAAAGUCAUUGAUCGAGAGCACGACACAGUGUGGACAGAGGCUUACAUUGAUAGCACUCUCCCCCAAGCACAAAAGUUGGAGGACGGUCAAGGGCCAGUUCUGAUGACCACAGUUGCGAUGCCAGUGUUCAGUACCAAGAAUGAGACGAGAAAUCAUGGGAUCCUUCUGGGUGUGGUGGGAACAGAUGUGCCUGUCUCAGAGCUGCUUAAAACUAUUCCCAAAUAUAAGCUUGGCAUUCAUGGCUACGCUUUUGCAAUCACCAACAAUGGCUACAUCCUCACCCACCCAGAUUUACGGCCACUUUACGGAGAUGGCAAGAAGCGAAGGAAGCCGAACUACAGCAGUGUGGAUUUGUCCGAGGUGGAAUGGGAGGAUAAGGACGACACGUUGAGAAACGCCAUGGUCAACAGGAAGACAGGAACCUUCUCUAUGGAGGUGACAAAAAGCGUCGACAAAGGGAAACGUGUACUCAUUUUACACAACGAUUACUACUACACAGACAUUAAAGGGACUCCUUUCAGUCUAGGGGUUGGUCUUUCCAGAGGCCAUGGGAAAUAUUUCUUCAGAGGGAACGUUACUGUAGAAGAAGGACUUCAUGACUUGGAGCACCCUGAUGUAGCACUGGCAGAUGAGUGGACAUACUGCAACACAGAUGAACACCCUGAGCACCGCUACCUGUCUCAAAUAGAAGCAAUAAAAAUGUACCUCAGUGGACAUGAACCUCGUUUACAAUGUGACAAGGAGCUGAUUCAGGAGGUUUUGUUUGACGCUGUGGUGACUGCUCCACUGGAAGCUUACUGGACCAGCCUCGUGCUCAACAAAUCAGAGAACUCUGAUAAAGGUGUCGAGAUUGCCUUCCUGGGUACAAGAACAGGAAUGUCCAGAAUUAAUCUGUUUGUGUUGCCAGAUGAACUUACAAACCAAGACUUCCUAACAGCUGAAGACAAAGAGGGGGUGUUCAAUGCUGAUCACUUUCCCCUUUGGUAUAAAAGAGCAGCAGAACAAGUUCCUGGUACUUUUAUCUACUCUCUACCAUUCAACACAGGAUCAGAAAACAAAAGUGUUGUAUUGGCCAGCACUGCCAUUCAGCUUCUGGAUGAGAGGGAAUCUCCUAUAGCGGCAGCUGUGGGGAUCCAGAUGAAACUGGAGUUUUUUCAAAGAAAGUUCUGGACAGCCAGCCGACAGUGCACUGCAUUAGAUGGGAGAUGCUCCAUAAGCUGUGAUGAAGAGAAUAUUAACUGCUACCUCAUCGACAACAACGGCUUCAUUCUGGUAGCAGAGGACUACACUUUGACAGGAAAUUUCUUUGGUCAAGCAGAAGGAGCUGUGAUGAGUAAGCUUCUUCAGAUGGGCUCUUUCAAAAGGGUCACGCUUUAUGACUACCAGGCGCUGUGUCGGGUCUAUUCAGAGAGCAGGGACAGUGGGCACACUCUGCUGGAUCCCUACUUUGCUUUCUUGGCUGCAGUAAAGUGGACCCUGACGGAGCUUGUCAUAUUCCUGGUUGAAUUUAACUUGUACAGCUGGUGGAACUCUGAUUUCACUGCAAAAGCUCAGACAGCAGGACCGAGCAUGCAAGUGCCUUGUGACACCGAAUAUCCAGCCUUCGUCUCAGAGAGAACCAUCAAGGAAAACAUGGGCAAUAUUGACUGUGAUGGCUGUAUCAAGUCCUUUGUGAUUCAGCAGAUCCCCAGCAGUAAUCUUUUCAUGGUGGUGGUGGACAACACAUGUGACUGCAGCAACUUUGAGCCAAUCACCAUGGAGCCCAUCGAAAUCAUGUAUAAUGAAUCGCUCAAGUGUGAGAGAAUAAAGGUACAAAAGGACAGAAGGCGACCAGACACCUGUCACCCCUUUCAUUCAGAGGAAAACCCGAUGGAGUGUGGAGGGGCUACAAGUCUCACAUCAUCUCUUGCAGCAAAAUUGUUCUGUGCAUUCCUGGUAUUGUUCCUCAGGUGACCUGAGCUGGCCACACCUCCCCAUCCAGAGCUUGGAUUGGAUUGGAUCAGCUCGGCUUGCAAAGUCAUUGCAACUUGGCCACAAAAACAACCCCGCCUCUCUUGUGUGUCAAAAUGUGCCCAGUUCUAGCUCAUCGCCUACCAAGUCCAUGCGUGUUUGAAAUGACUGACAGUAUUCCUGCUGCUAAGUAGUGAUCAUUAAGGUGCUUCAAAAACACAACAACCCCAAAGAGAGGUUUGAGAGCAAAAUUAGAAAGCCUUGCAAAAGGUGCACCUGGUAGCUUAAAAAUGACACAUGCAGUCUAGCACUUUCCACUGACACCAUUAUGUUUAGUCCUUUCAGGUAUCAGCUAAGGCCUGGAGGUUAAUAGCUGGGCUUUGAACUGGGCACAAGAGCCAUAAACCCCCAUGUGAACAGAGAGUGACGCACCUUCCUUGGGUUCACUUUGAAUUUACAUGGACAAUAUUUAUCAUAAGAUAAAAAGAAAAAAUUUUCAGAAGAUGAAAAUAACUACAUGUGGCUGGGAUUGUUAAAAUGUUUGUCUUUUAAUCUUUUUUCAUGACAAAAAUGUUUUGUUUGCAUUAUGUAUUAUAUUAAAGAAAAAGGUUUUAUUUAUCAUUUGCAAGUGAUACCCAUAAACUGUGAGAUUCUAAGUCGUCUGAUGUGAGUGGUUGUUAAUAUUUGAGCUUUGCCUUAUGGAACAAUGUUGGUCCUGUUUGUGUACUUUUGAAUAAAAUCUUUAAAAAU